UUGUUCCGUCGCCAAUAGCAUAAAAACCCCGAUGUUGGUUGAGGGAAAACGGGGACCAGUUUCCUUAGCUUGUGGUACUGUGGGUGUAGCGAAGCUUGGAAGAAUCCGAUCUCUGCCCGUGAUCUGCGUGUUUCUCUGGUGGCUCGUGUCCUGAAAAAUGGUAUGCUUUGAAAGGGAAUUUAAAGCCUCAGAAGAAGGUGAUCGGCAGGUAAUGUUCAUUUACACGUCUGAGAAAUCAUGAAAUCGGUGUCACUUGCAGCCAUUUUUUGGUGUAUCCUAAUACCAUCAUUUGAGACCAGCAAGACAUUUGAAGACAUCCGCUGCAAGUGUGUCUGCCCACCAUAUCGGAAUAUAACAGGACAGAUUUACAAGAACAAUGUAUCGCAGAAAGAUUGUAACUGCUUGCAUAUAGUGGACCCUAUGCCAGUGCCAGGACAUGAUGUUGAGGCAUAUUGCCUGUUGUGUGAGUGCAAGUAUGAAGAACGAAGCACCACGACCAUCAAGAUUAUCAUCAUCAUUUAUCUCUCGGUGAUUGGAGCUCUUCUACUCUACAUGGUCUUUUUAAUGGUAGUUGACCCUUUUAUUCGCAAACCAGAUGCCUAUACUCAGCCCCUGCACAAUGAAGAAGAGUCAGAGGAACCUUGUUCCUUGACAGCCAUACGUCCUUCAGCCAGUGCCAGAACAAAUACAGUGCUGGAGAGAGUGGAAGGAGCCCAGGAAAGGUGGAAGCGUCAGGUGCAGGAACAGCGGAAGACUGUGUUUGAUCGGCACAAGAUGCUAAGCUAGACCUUUUAUUUUAGGUGUGAGCUGCAGCUGCUGGUUAGCUAGGCAAAAUUUUGUUCGCCAAUACAGACCCCCAAAUCUGUAGUUUAAAUAUCUUGCACCUGCUGUUUCUGAUUGGGUUUGCUUGUUGUCCUCCUCAGUCUACCCAAGAGAAUAUGCUGCAUUUGAAGCAAGUUGCUGGUUGCACGUUCCAUCUAUGAGGGCUGCCACUUGCUUUAUUUGUUGCCGUAAGGAAAAAAAUAACUCUAGGAUAACUAAAAGUGAGAAACAAUUGCAACUUUGGGUUCUAUAAUCUGCCAAGCAUUGGUCUGGUUUGGUGAUAAAAAUGUGGCAUGCAUUUGUUCAUUAUUGCUUACUAACCUGUGGCUUGGCUUUUAGCUCAAGUUGGAUGUAUUAAUGGAAUGAGAACAGCAACAUCCUUUUCAUUCCAUUGACUGUAUGCCGAUAUAUGAUCCUUCACUGUUGCAAAAUACCUACAGAGAAGUGGCUUGGAUCUAUGUGUAACAUGCUAGUUUGAAAAGUUGGCACUAAAGAUAGAAAUGCAAUAAGGGAAAUUAACUCAGCAAAAAGGAGUUAUUGUAUUUGGCUCAUAAAUUCUUACAGAUUCUUCCUUCAAGAUUUUUUUCAGGAUAGUUAACUUUACACCAAAGAAAUAUGGAUAGAUUUUUUUAGCGCUAUCAUAAUUAAUGUUAAGCCAUGGUUAACCCAUCACAAGUAUGAGUUCUAUGCUUCCCAGUCUCCUAAAGGGAUCAAACCAAGAAGCUUGUGGGUGCCUGUUUCACAUGCAGAUUUUUAAACAAUCAAGAGGUUAUACAGAUUCUUGUAUUUCUUUGCUUUGGAGACAGUUUAAUUAUUGCCUAGAUUAUAUCUCAAUUUUCAAAGUACAAUGAACAGAUGAAGCCAUUGUUGUUCAUACAAUUUCAUAUGCAAACAAAGUUUGCUCAUACAAAGUUCAUAUGCACAUGUUUACUAUCGAAAAUCCUUUGCUUCAAGAGUUAUCUGCACAGGAAGGAAACUGCAUUAUUUAGCGCAAAGGAAAUUGCCCUUCUAUAUGUGGCAGUUUAUCCCAGUAUGUAGAACUGGAUUCUACUAUCAAAGGACAUUUAUAGAAAUAUAGCCUUAGAUUUUAAUAUCAGUUCAAAGAGUGACAUGCAACAUGCAAAAUAAAAUUUAACUUGACUUAAUGGAAAAUUUCCUGCAUGCAUUUGGAUAUGGCCUACGUGGUCAUAAUUGUUUUACAAUACAUCAACCAACCGCUUGCCCAAAUGUAUGGGACAUCACAUUGAAAUUUGUUUUGAUGGUACUUGUAGCAGCCAGAUUUAUGCCACCAAUUAAGGGGAAGUAGUAUUAACAGUAUGUAAUGGUGAAAUGUAAUGUUGAAUUGGUUGCUCAGAUGCAAAAGACACUACCAAGAGAUCUUGAAGGUCAGACAGUAUUUUUUCCGCAUGCAGAAAUAUUUAUGUAUUAAAUGAUCUACUUUAUUUCUUAAAAUAUCUCUGGCAGAUUGGAUCAGUCUUUGUUACUAUGCAGCAUCUGUUCAUUAAAUAAAGUAUGUACAAUAUCACAGA